UGUCUGUGUGACUCCCGCCAAGGAUAGAUACAGCACCUUGCCCGCGUCCUCACCCAUCCGCCCAGCAUCCCGCCCCUGGGUAUUACGCAAGACAGGACCACCACACGACCUUGUGGUGGUGUGCCCUGAUCUGUGUUAGGGGUCGUGUGCCACCGCGGCCACAAGGGUGAGGGGCACCAUGCCCAGGCUCGGGUUUCUUAGUAUCUUUGGCGGGCGGACGAUGGGCGAGGGUGACUCUAGUGGUGAUGGAAACGGCGUGUGUGGUGGUCAGCAGUCCGAGGAGUCUCCGCUCUCCCAAGGGUCAAGCUGCAAGACUCCCGCCAAGUGGCGUUACAGCGGCCACUGGUCGCCGCCUCAGCCUCGGCCCCUCACACCCCGCGAGCGAACCAACAGCGAGGAGCUGCCUCGCUCUAUGGUGAACAGCUGUUCCUGGGACGAGUCUGAGCCUCCGAGCCCCGCAGCCACCCUUCCGCCCAUUCCCCCGCUCACACUACAGGCUUCACCAUGCCUGGGGUCCAGACCAGUCACUGACGGGGAACUAGAGAGCAGUGCCGUGCCCCUGGGGGAGCGGCGACGACGCAGGGGUGUACUCAAGGAGGCAGUGACCAAAAUCCUGGAAGAUAAGAAAGCCAACAGGCAAGCGAGGCGGAGAGGAUGUGGCCAAUCGGGCGGGGGCCUGCCGCCACCCCACCCCCGCCGGGCCUCGAGGACAGCCACGCCGGAAUCUGACGAUGAUUCGGCAGACUUCGCCGCCUACCUUCUUCAGCGACGCUCCUGGCGAGGCCGCCGCCACCGCAGCACAAGUAGCGACGCUGAGAGUGAGAGCAUAACGACAAGCCAAGGAGACGACAACAGCCCUCGGGCAUCGCCCUCGCCCCGCCCUGGCCUCGCACGCCGCGCCUCAAACUUUCUGCUCAAGUCUUUCCGCGCUGUCUCCAUGACGAUGCGCCUCAACAAGAAGUUCGUGCCCACUUACUACCUUAGCGGCGACCACGAGCUGCCGGAGCCUGAGCAGCUACUUGAUAAGUUCGGCCACUCGCUGGACUCACGCCUUGAGGAGAAACGGUCCAGCCAUCACGAGCAGCGCUCCCUCUGUGUAGUGUGGGACCUUAUCCCCGAGGACGGCAGCACCCCCGCCACGGCCAGGCACCAUUGUCCGGUUGACCCCGCCUCGCUUGAUUCCUCGAGGGAGUCCUCGCGCAACGCCUCUUCCACAGACCUGUCCCACGACGAGUCCCGCGCCUGCGACACUCCCACCGGCUCCUCCCCUGCCUGGUGCUGUGAGUCAAGUGCCGAUGAGCACAUCUAUGAGGAGCCGCAGCCCAACGGCGCAGCGCCAACAGACGACCCUACCAGCGAUGGUUCAGAGGCCCUCGAACCGAAAAAUCUUCUCACGUGGCCGCGACUGAGGGAGGGGCGCGGCAGUUUCCCCGCCAGCACCCUCCUCACCCUGCCGGAGGACAUGUCUGCAGGAGGCAUAAAAGGCAGCCUUGGCCAGGGCCGCCAGGACUCACCUUACCCUCGCAGGUGUCGUGGCUUCCGCUCCCUGCCCUGUUCUCCUUUAGUACCGGCCACCCUGCCACGACCCCCAAGGCAACAAGUUCCCACACUGCACCUCACUCCCAACACCCCAAUGUCCCCACUGGCAGCACAACCACCACAGACGCUGCCCCCUCGUCCUGUACUCUCGCAGCGGCCACCGCUGCCGCCUCUGCCCCCUCGCGGCCACCCGCCACACAGUGUUCGGGGAAGGCUGGCACAGCGGGAGUCAGCGCCGCCCUACGCUCAGCCUCAACAUGGCAGGUCAUCCAACGCUCAGUAUUCUGAAUAUGAGACAGAAAAUGUUCGGAAUAUUGCCUUCAGGAGGAAUGGUCCACAGCAUUCACCGCUUUUCAUCUCCGUCCCUCGAAACUCUUCGAAGGUACAGUUCGAGAUGGAAGAAGGCGGCAGCCACGGUUCCGGCCGAGAGUCUCCCAUUUACGCCCAGCCCUACGCUUCCUCGCCCGGGCCCUGCCACACGCCCUCUUACACCACGCCAUUUAAAAACGUGUACUCCUUCACACCCACCUUCCAGAGCCCCGCUGAAGCCAUUGCGCUGCCCUCACCUGCUCGAGACUCGAACACGCCCACUCAGCAGAACGUAUUUUUUGGUCAAGACUUUGAAGUGGAGCAGCACUUGGGCGGACGCAGUCCUUCCCUUGCCACCCAGGGGCGCGACUGUCACCGGGACUCUGCCUACUUCUCCACCGACGAGAGCACCGAGCUUGGGGGAGGACAGGAGGACGCCCCGCGGGGCCCCUCUCCGCCCUUUUCCUCGGCGCUGCUCAGACAGGCCAUUGAACACUCGUUGGCCGACAGUCUGCACCGCCUGCCGGAGAUGGUAGCCAGCGAAGUGACUCGCCAGGUGCGGGAGUGCCUGCGCUCCAGCACCUCUGAGGUGGCCGCUGAGCUGCAUAAAUUGUCUUGCAGCAACAAUGGGUCUCAGCAGUUGGCUCCUAAACGACCCUCUACCCUUGACCUGCUGGGCUCGCCGCGCCGCCGCCACAUGUUCAGCUUCAGCUGCGAGGAUUUGCUGGGAGACGACCCCUUCCCGGAGGGCCUCAGCCUCAGCCGAAGGUCGUCCCGCGUGGGUGGCACCAUGUCCGUUGCUGACCUGGACAUGUGCGGUGACAACCAGUUGUGCUCGAUGGGCGUGGCCGGCCACUGGGACCACACCACCUCCGUGCCCACGCACCUCCACCACCUCCACCUGGAGCAAGGCGUGGCGCAAGUAGAGGUGGAGGGUGACGUGGUGGAGCUUCCGUACAAGCACCACCAACCUCUUAAGGAGGCCCUGACGCCCCUUUGCCGUGAGCUGAGUCAGAGCCUCCUGCUGGAGAGGGAAGGCGAGGGCGGCGUGACGGGGAAGAGUGUGGUGCUUCGCCUCAAGGUGAAUGUGGACCAGCUGGACGGCGACGACUAUAGCGACACCUCCAUGGAGUGGGACUACUUCGACCAGCGCGAUGGUGGGGGAGGUGAUGGCCGAGACAACAGUGGGGGGUCAGGGGGCAGUGCGCCCUCUGCUGCCAAUGGCCAUGCCAGCAACCAGAUGGGCCAACAACAGCAGCAGCAACAGCAGCAACCACAGAAGGACAGGCAGCCUAACCCAACCACCACAAAGAAAAGCCCCGCUCAGAAGGGGCAAGUCUCAUUUGCAUUACUGACGACCGAAAUCACCCGAGACGAGGGUCCAACGGGUGCUAGCCAGGCCCUUGGACCACCACCACCACCACCAGCACCUCCACAGCCAGGGAUGGAGGAGAGCAGCGGGGUGGGGCCAGUACUGUCUUCCCCAACCCUGCCACCCCACCCCAGUGCAGGGCCGUGUGGGGCCAACACAGAUGCUUAUUGGCUUACUCAAGGGGAUAACUUGCAGCCAAGUAAACAACAAAGGGCUUCAAUGGCAGGCCCUAAUGACCUCUUUUUUGGAGAAGGAGAUGACAAGUCCUCUGGCCUCUCUCACAAAGACAGAGAGGAGCGGCUGCGUCAGCUGAGGGACCGACAGCAAAUGGAGAAGCAACAGAAGCUGGAGGAGCUCAAAGAACAUGCAGCGGCAGCCCAACGUUUCCGGGAACAACAGGAGAAUGAGCGACGGAGGCGGCUGGAGGAGAUGAGGAUGAGGGAUGCUGAUAGGAGAUCCCAGGUAGAAGAGCGUAAGAAAAUCAUCCAGCAAGCAGAACAGGACAGAAGGGAGGCUGUCAUCAGAAAGACCGCUGAGCGAGAGCAGCGAAUGGAGACCAAGAGGCGCAAUGAGAGAAGCAAUAUUGUGUUUGCUUUUGGCAGCUCUACACCACGUAUGCUGGACCCCAAAGACAACUCCAGUUCCUCAUACUGGACCGCUCGCAGGGCUACCUCCACUACUAAUGUGCACAUGGUGGAUGGCGCCCUGGCUCGCCGCGCCUCUGAGUGUGGGGACAUGGACCUCAGCCGCAAACGAGCCACCUCAGCUCAUGGUCUUGACAGGAAACCAGAAGACCUGCGUAUGUCAAGCUCGAUGUAUGAAGUGUUUCACUGGGACAAGAGCAGCUCCUCUCACCCUCACCAUCCCCCUACCACCCAAGGUACCCGGCUGACCAAGUCUCGUGACUCGUCACUGGAACGCAAGACCCCACCCUCUGCCCUCUCCUGGGUCAGAUCCCAUACUCCCCAACCUCCUCAGUCAUCCACCCCAAUCUCCAGUGAUCCUCAUCCUCCAUCCUCCACCUCAUCCUCAUCCUCAGACAAAACCCCUACAAACACUUCACAGUCCCGUUUCUGCGUGUGGGAGUUUGGGGAUAACUUCACUGCACUGGGUCCCGCAAAUCAAAGUAGCGGCGAUAACGGCCAACCGGCUUCUUCCUCACCGGCUUCAACACCCACAUCUUCCACGCGCUAUUCUCGUAGAACUGCUUCUGUAUUUACUGGGGCUGGGUGCACUGUUGGUGGAGAAGAUCUCAUGACAAGAUCAAUGACAGCAGCGAUUCCUGCCACGGCCGCCCGGCGCCGCACGGACCUGAUGCCAGCCAUGCCCUCCCUGCGGGACACCGGCAUCCGCAGCAGCCCCCGCCAUCGCUCACCAGGUAGGGCGCUGUCUCUCGGCCGGCUUGACGAGCUGGCCCGCCCGCGCCACCGCAACCCCCCUCUUGCACCCCUGCAUGAAAGUAGCUCUCCCCAAGACCGCAUGACCCCGCCCACCCGCACCAUGUCCAAGAGCAUGAGUCACCUGGCGCCCCGACCCCCGAGGCCACCCGGCCCGGAGGUGGCUGCCGGAGUGCUGGACAGGGGGGUGUCGCGCAGCUCCGUCACGCUGGCUCAGCCUCGCCUGACGCGUGCUGAAAUGCUUAGACAGAAAAAGCUUCGAGGAACCACUGAGGACAACAACACCCUUGCCAUCAAGAGCAGCCAGCGGGCCCAAGGCAUGCGUAGUGGGACAGUGACCCCGAAUUCUCCUUCCCGCCCCACCUCUGCCCUGAGUCAGGGGUCCAACAACAGCAGUCAGGUGUCGUACCGGCCAAGAACCUCUCCCCGCAAGCCUCGUCCUCUCAGCAUUGCAGGCUCGUCUUUGUCCUCUGCUGAUAAGCCCAGAGAUGCUGCUGCCUCUGAGUCAAGGGAAGGCAGGCCUAUGGAGAGAAAAUUGUCAGUGGGCUCAGCCUCGUCCGUCACCAAGCCCACCCGAGCCAAGAGUGCAGGGUCUGACAGAAGCACACCCUCCACCCCAGCACGUACCCCAGUCAAGCCGGCUACUCCAAAGAAGACCCCAGCACAAGUCAAAGCUGAAAGUGCUGCUAAAAAGGCAAUUGAGAAGAGCAAAUCAACUCCCAAGGCUAAAGUCACUCCUAAGACUACUCCUCUGCAGUCACCUUCAGUGGAAAGCAAGCCUGUGGUUGCUGCUAAGUCCAAAAAAUCUACAUCAAGGGAAAGCAGUACAGUAGAGAACAAGAGUGAGACUCCUCAGGUCGUUACAGAAGCUGCCACGGUGGAAGAGAAACCAUCAACUGAAGGAGAACAGAAAGCUGAGGAAAAAUCAGAACCAAAGACAGAAGCUGAAAUAACACCUGCAUCGGACUCCUCCACUCCUGCUGAGACUCAAAAACCAGAGGAAGCGACCGUGCCCACAACCGAGCCAACCCUUGCCCCCAGCCAGGAAGCUAGCGAGAAAAUGGAAGUAGUCAACGAGAUUGUCGCUGACAAAGAUGAUCCUACCCCACAAGUUGCCAAUGUAGAAGAAAAGUCAAGUAAUGAUGCUCCAGAGAGCAAGGUAGAUGAGGGUGAAAAGCAGGAUGAGGCAGAAAAAAACUUAGCCCAGAAAGCUGCUGAUAAACCCGUGACAGGUUAUGCCACAGAAGAGGAGUAUAAGGCAGCCCUGGCUGAGAAACGGCGACUGGCUAGGGAGGCAAAGGAGCGGGAGCAGGAGCUGGAGCGGCAGAGACAGCUUGAAGAGGAGGAGAAAGAGCGGAAGGAGGAGGAGGAAUAUUUGAGAUUGAUGGAAGAGCAGCGUAAGGCAGAGGAAGAUCGGCUUCGCAAAGCCAUCGAAGAGGCUGACCGCCAGCGGGAGGAGGAGGCAAAAAGGAAAGAGGAGGAGGAGAAACAAAGAGAGGAGAAUGAGCGCAUAGAACAGCAGAAACGCGUAGAGGCUGAGGUUCGCUUGAAGAAGGAAGAAGAGGAGAGGCAAGCCCGUAAGAGUCGAGUAGCCGCCAUCAUGGCCAGGACCCGAGGCAAAGGUGGCUCCAACACACCAACUAAGAAUGAGGCAAAGACACCAUCAGAGGAAGGCAAGAACUUUGGGGAUGGACUUAUGUCCACCAGCAUGACUGACUCCAUGAUUGGCUCAAUUAUAGCUGCUGCAGAGUCUCAGUCGGAGUCAGCUGCGCCCUCCAAUGAUCAGCAGCAGGAGGCCUCAGUAUGUUCUCCUGAAGUUAAAGCUCCUGAGUCCAGCCAGCCCCAGCCUCCUGCAACCUCUCAAACAGUUACUGCCAUAGACUCUACUGUUGAGAUGACUCAGAGCAGUGUGGUGGAAAACAUUGUUAGUGGUGUCUCUUCAGUGAAACUUGAAGAGGCACAUGUUAAUGGAGACUCCCCAGUCCCCAUGGAAACAACUCCCACUCACACAGUGGACCUUUUGGGGACUCUUAGUGAUGUAAAUAGUGUAAAUCUUAAUGGCGUAGACAACAGUACUCCACCACAGACCAGUCAAGGGACAGACAACCUCCUAGACUCAUUAGACCCUCUCAGCUCGCCCCUCUCCACUUCCACUACCACCACCUCCACCACUUCCACCACCACAACCAACAUCACACCUGCAGCAUCUAAUUUUGAACAAAUCAUUGAUUUGGGCCAAACUAAACUCAGCAAUGAAGAUGCUGUCAAUAGCAAUCCACCAUCUCCAUUCAUAGCCUUUGAGCAAAAUUUGAACAAGAAGCCAAAUCAAGAGAACACAAGCACUGUGCCAGAUCUGCUACUGUAGACUCCCAAUGUUAAUAGUUAUGUUACUCUGAAAGUGUUGAUUAUGAUUGUCAGAAACUGCAAAUGUGAUAAAUUCCCCAAGACACAAGGAGUGAGUGGCCAGACAGCAGCCGCCCUCUCUCCAGCCCCAUCAACUCAGCCUCUGUCCCGGCUGCUGCAGACAGUGGCAUCUAUACUCGCUCUCCCCAGCCAAGAUCUGUCAGCUUGUAUCAGUAUCUUAGUCAUGCAAAAUCAUAACUUAGUAAAGUCUAAUGCUGCUAAUGUUAGAAAUGGGAGCCAGACUCAGUGUGGGAAGGAGCGGUGGGUGCUGGCAGUAAUGUGGCCCAGCUGUGUUUGGACCCCAGAGUUGAUAGGUCAUACUUAAAACUCUGCUUUCUAGGAAAUUGUAAUUGCAUUAUGUAUACUAUUAAAGGGCUGUUCAUUCAUAAGUAUAGAGUUGUCCCCCUUCAAGGAAAUGGAUGAGUCAUUAUUUUAAAAGCUUUGAAUUGAAUUUUCCCUGGUAUGAUGACCCUGUGCCCACCUUGGACCCAUGGAGCCUGAACAGGUCCGUGUGGCUGUGUAGAGUGAAGGUACUGAGCUCAGAAGAUGUGUAAAUAGACAUGUGGCUCAUUUGACUGGGUGAUCUGUUAUGCCUUUUAGCAUUUUUUUUCUCUCUCCUGAGUCUGGACCCCUUUAGUGUAUUGCAGCACAUGAGCCUACUAACAGUGAUGACAAGUCUUAAUUAUAACUUUUAGACUCUUCAGAAUUAUCACUUAUCUGGUUGUCACCCUCUUAUCCAUAUAUAUAGAUGGACAUCUGUAACUUUUUUUUUCACAAGUGUAGUUUCUACAGCAACAAAAAACAAAAGAAACAAAGUUCAUCAAAUAUCCCACAGGAGGGAGACAUUACUAUGUAGUUCCAAGGUUCAACAAGAUCAACAUUUCACCAGAAAGGACAACCACUUCACAUGGUCGAAUGGUGCUAGCAAAGCAGCAGCUGUGAGGCUCAGCGAAGGGGGCAUGCCAAGAGUUAGGGUGAACGUUGGUUCUCAGUGCAGCCUACUAGUUGUUGAGGAUGAAGUGUUUGGGGCUAUUUUAGGGAAGAAUGUUAUGAUUAUUAAUCUAUUUACUGGAUAUAUUUCUUGUACAUAGAUGACUAUUAACAAUGAUGUUGAGGGUAUUGAGUAUUAUAUGUAUUUGAUAUGAAGACGGUAACAGCUCUGUCCCAGGGCUGAAUGGGGCCUGGCACCACCUGGUUGCCAGACUCUUGGCUCCAUGGCGCUAAUCACAUGUUAUAGUAACGUGUAAUCUAGCCUUGUUAAUAACCACCAAUAAUCCUAUAAUUAUCAGCUCUGCCAUUCUUCUACUUUGUGAAAUGCUUUUAAAUAAUUUACUUCUAUAGAUAUUAUGUAUAAAGUAACUCCUAUAUUUUAGAUCAUAGGGCCUAAAUAAGUCAUAUUUCCAAAACUUAUUUAUGUAGUUUAUUGUUUUUUUACAUUUGAGUUGCAUUUAUCCUGGUGCACAUUGAGGUUUAUUGAAGUUUUCACACUAGUUAAGCCCUCUAUUUUGGGUAGACUUUACAUUUAUGUCUUAUUUAAUGCUCAAAGAUUUUAUGACUGCUUCAAAUUAUUUUAAAUUUCAUGUUUUGGUCGCUAAUAAAAAGGAGUAUAUUUGUUUGAGGUGUCAGAUGGAGCCAUUCAUUAUUCUCAGCAACACUUUUUUGGGGGCUGCCCUAGUGGGCUGAUCUUCAACACUAAAUAAACAUCACUGUACUUGUAAAAGUGCUCUAUGUGGUAUAAAAUUUACCAAUGAUUAAAUCUGUGUACAUUUU